AUGGAGAAUCGUCCUGUACUCGAGUCAACACCCGGAGAACCUGUCCUCGUUGCAUUCCUCGCCGCCGUCCCAACACCCGAAGAACAGGAUCCAAAUAUGCCACCUGGCGUCGCAGUGUCCCCAAGUUCGAUUUCAUCGGGAUAUGCAGCUUGUUCAUUGAUCAACGUGGACAGACAAGAUCAACAACAGUCACUUCGUGGUAAUUUCCCGGAAAAUAUGGAUUCACAUUUGGGAAUAAGCAGCAGUAGCAGUAGCAGCAGCAGUAGCAGUAGCAGUAGCAGCAGCAGCAGCGCUAGCAGUGUAGAGAGUGCUGAACUUUCAGACAAAGAUCAACUUCAAGUACAAUCCUGUUAUAAAGGCUUAAAAACACAGGUGUACGUGUGCGGAUCGAUGGCCAACUUGUACGUGCACAACUCGUCUCCGGGAGGCAGCUGGGACCUGAAGUUCACCGGAAUUCCGGUCGUGUUGUACGACAGCGGGGAKACYCGGUCCAGAGACAAGCCCUGCAUUCAGAUACUCCUCGUGGAGCGCGGCACGUGCUUCGCCCUGUGGCGGGACACGAUCGACAACUUGACUUCGUACAAGGUCUCCAGCCAGGGGUUCCACACCAUGUGCCUGUCGACCGACCACACCCAGCUGAUCGGACUGAGCUUCGACUGUUCGGAAGCAGCCCAGCAGCUGUGGUCGCACAUCGAUCGGCUCACUUCCGAUCCGGAGAACAUCCGGCUGUCCGGCCCCGGAAAYCGGUCGAAGAGCGCGAGGAAACAGAAACACAGACCGGCGCCGGUCCGCCGGCUCCCCGACAAGUCGCACAUAUCGACACCGUGCUGCUUCGAGCACAUCACCAACGUCGAAGUCUCCGAUCGGUCCAGAUACUUGUCCCUGCAGAAUCUCGUGCCAACUCCGACGAUGGUGCCGCUCGAUGCACCGUGACCGACUUCGUGAUGACGAGACAGAGGCGCGUGAAACGGUUCCGGCAGGCGACGGCGGCGUACAUCAUGAUAUCAUAAUAAUAUAAUACAGGGAUCUCUGUACAUGUAGUCAGUUUUUUUUGCCGCGGUCGAUAUUUCUAUUAACUUAACAUUAAAACCAACACUCGACGUGUGUCUCGUUUCGAUAGAAUCCUUUUAAGAGUAUACAAUAUAUUAUAAUAAUAUUAUUCUUUAUCCUAGUCCGCACCAGAAAAUGUAAUAUAUACUGAUAGUAUAAUGAUAAUACGGUAUUAAUUUGUAUGUAGUGUUUGUUGUAUAGUUGCGUAUGUCAUUCAUAUCGACCUGGGGAUAAAAAAUUAUGACUGCGAUYCCGUAAUACUAUAACGAUAAUAACAUAUAAAUGUAUUAUUUUAAAUGCAUACAAAUCGAAGUCGUGAUAUUAUGUUAAGCUUAAGAAUAGUUAURUCAUCGACGGUAAAUUGUACAUGUUUAUUGUUCAAUGAGUGUAUACUAUUUAACACAAAUAUAUAUGUCUUAUGGCAUACCUAACUAGUUGUAAAUAACAAUUAUUAUGAUACUUGAACGAAAUUAUUUAAUUAURCAUUAUGCCUAAAUUUAAUAUUGUAUAAUGACUGUCAUUAAUAAGACAUUUUAAAAGUUUCCAAAUUCUUGUAUGCUCGUAUCCUUUAUUGUUGCUUACAUAAUAUUAUAAAAUAUAUUCCAUAACCACUUAUGCUUGAGUAAACUCUAAGUUAUGUUUAUAUAUUGUUAUUACCUGUUAUGUAAUUGUGUUAAUUUAUGACUUUUUUUUUCUUAUAAACUUCAUGCUUUUACUUUUAAUUUUAAUAGAAUAAUUUUAUUAUA